ACCUGCGAUGGCUGAGGUGGUGUCUGUCAUGACCGAACCGCCCGCAGGCGGCAGGGCGCGGGCUGCGCGCACAACCCUAGGUCAGGUGGUUCUCCCGGGUGAGGAGCUCCUGCUGCCGGAACAGGAGGACGAAGGGGGCCCUGGCAGUGCAGGGGAGCGACCACUGCGCCUGAAUGCCGAAGCGCGCUCGCGGGUGCGCGUAGUGUGCGGCCCGGGCUUGCGGCGCUGUGGGGACCGCCUGCUGGUCACCAAGUGCGGCCGUCUGCGUCACAAGGAACCCGGCAGCGGCGGUGGCGUUUACUGGGUGGACUCGCAACAGAAGCGGUAUGUUCCAGUGAAAGGAGACCAUGUGAUUGGCAUAGUGACAGCUAAAUCUGGAGAUAUAUUCAAAGUCGAUGUUGGAGGGAGUGAGCCAGCUUCUUUGUCUUACUUGGCAUUUGAAGGUGCAACUAAAAGAAACAGACCAAAUGUACAGGUUGGAGAUCUCAUCUAUGGCCAAUUUGUGGUUGCUAAUAAAGAUAUGGAACCAGAAAUGGUCUGCAUUGACAGCUGUGGACGAGCCAAUGGAAUGGGUGUGAUUGGACAGGAUGGUCUGCUUUUUAAAGUGACUUUGGGCUUAAUUAGAAAGCUAUUAGCUCCAGAUUGUGAAAUCAUACAGGAAGUGGGAAAACUCUAUCCACUGGAGAUUGUAUUUGGAAUGAAUGGAAGAGUAUGGGUUAAGGCAAAAACCAUUCAGCAGACUUUAAUUUUGGCAAACAUUUUAGAAGCUUGUGAACACAUGACAGCAGAUCAAAGAAAACAAAUCUUCUCCAGAUUGGCAGAAAGUUGAUAUAUGUCAGUGAUAAUAUGUGGACUUUUUUAAUAGGUCAGUUGAGCCAAGAGACUAUGAGUUUCCUGGAGAAAACUUUUUUCAGGUGAACCUCUCUGUAUUAAAUCUUCAGAAGACAAGAUAUGAAUGUACAUACUGUCUUAUUAUGGUCCUAAAUAUUUAUAUAAGAAAGUUACUGGUUUUCACCCAUGCUCUUAUGGGUGAGAAUCAUUAUAAAAUCAAAAUAUGUGUUUUUGUU